AUGAUAUGGUCUGAACAGAAAGACAAUGUAUCAGAUUGUUAUUUCUGCCAAACUUCUAUUAAAGGUAUUAAUCACAAAUCUAGACACACCGUGAACUAUCCGAAUUUACAAUCUGCUCAAAGACCUAUCCCACACAGAGAUGAUCUGCCUGUUCCUCAGCCUCCAGUAAACACGGAUGACGUGAUUGAUGAAGAAAAUGUAUCUGAGAAUUCUGAUUCCGAUCCGACUUUUGAGCCCAGCACUUCAAAUACGGCACCUCAUUUUGUAAAUCAAAACGAUCUCAAUGACCUUAUUGGCUCAGCCUUGAGCUUCCCAGAAUGCUCGAGUAAUAAUGAUAAUGACGGAAAUAAAAAUUAUGAUUGUGAUAGUGGUAAUGACGACGGUUAUGCCAAUUCUAAUGGAAAUUUAGAUAACGGAAACAAUGAUGGUAACGGAAAUAAUAAUAAUGGGAAUAACGGAAACGGAGAUAAUAGCAAUGGGAAUAACGGAAACGGAAAUAAUAACAACGGAAACGGAGAUAAUAACAAUAAGAAUAACGGAAACGGAGAUAAUAAGAGCAAAGAUAAUAAUAAUAAACCUAAACCUAAAUGUAUAUCCGGAAAGGGUACCGGAUUGGGAAGGCUACUAGGAGAUGCUUUGACAGGAGUCAGACUUCUUGUUGACGUUGGAGGUGCUCUUGAUGCCACAGUCAGUGGUCUCGGAGGAGUUGUAAAAGUAUUAGGAGAUAAUUUAGCUAGUAAGUUUAUCAUUUAA